AUGCUGUUCUAUUAUGCUCUUGUGACUAUUACAGCAUAUGUAGGUUGACAAGUUCCGACCAUCCCUACAGGCACUAAUCCUUUCUCGAGAUCCUCUUAUGGAUUGGCUAUCAAGUAUUCCUCCAUCCAUUGAGCAAAUAUCCAGGACCAUUCGUUGCGAAGUUAUCAAAUAUUUACAACGGGUACUACGCGUGGAAGCGAUGUCUUCACUUGACAACUCUGAAGAACCAACAGAAAUGUGGUAAGUCCCUCGGAGAUAACAAACAAGACUAGCCAAUACUGAUUUCUCCCUCUAGGUUCAGUCAUAAGACAAGGACCAAACAAACUCAUUUUCAACUCGGUCGAAGCCUUACGUGGUAUUCCCCCCAAGCCGCUGAAAUACCAGUGAUCACUAACCCCCGGACAGACAUCUACAAAACCGACCGCACAACCAAAACAAAAGACUACGUGGCCCUCGGCCCCAGCCUCAGCAUCCACACCAUCUUCACCGUCGUCGACAAAAUCGCGCAUCGUCACCGACGACGCCUCAUCGGCGAAGUGCUCUCCGACCGGUCGAUACUAACCUUCGAGCCAAUCAUCAACACACAAGCAAAUAUCUUCCUACAAAACCUAUCCUCCCACUCGAAACUAUCGCAGCCCGUGAAUAUGAGCCAAGAAACCAGAUGGUAUGGGAUGAACAUCGCAGCUCUGCUCACGUUCGGGUAUGAUCUCAGUCUACAGACUGAUGAGGAGAAUCGGUUUCUACUUACGGUUCUUGAUGUCGGGACGUUCGCGAAUAGUGUUCUGCUUCAGUUCCCUUUGUUGAGGGAGUGGAAGCUUGGGGUGCUGAUGAUGUUGCCGGCUUUUAGGGUGGUUGAGAAGUAUUUUGCUCUUGUGGAGAGACUUAUUACGUCUCGUACUGCCGAAGCGAACGAUGCUAAGCACGAUCUUUAUUCUUUUGUUGCUGAUAGUUUGGGGGUUGAAGGAGCGGAGGGAAUUAGGAAAAGUGAGCUGUGGGCUGAAGCUAAUAUUUUUCUGGCUGCUGGUUCGUUUGAUUUUCACUGUUGUUUCAUUUCCCAAUCUUUAAAACAAAUUAUUGAAAAAAGACUCGCAUAGCUCAAGCACAACAGUUAUGCGAAUCUUUUGAGAUAGCAGACUUGUGCACCCCUUAUGAACCCAAGAACUGGAUUCGAAUAUCUCAAUUCGAGAACAACAUCAUCUUAACCUUCCAAGGAAAAACUAACAUAUCCCAUCAUUCCACCAAAAACCUGACUAACAAAAACUCAUCAAACCAGCCGGCGACACCACAAGAACAGCUCUCAGCGCCACCUUCUUCUACCUAUCGCGAAACCCCGUCUCAUACCAGAGACUCGCGGCCGAAAUCCGCUCCACAUUCACGAGCGGUGAUGAGAUCUGCGGUGCUAAGCUGGCAAGUUGUACAUACCUCCGUGCCUGUAUCGACGAAGCACUACGUCUUGCCUCGCCUGUCUCGGGGAUCCUUGUAAGAUGAUUUUCUUAGACUAUUUCUUGUCAGCUUAUUCAAAUCCUCUUUCUGGCUCGUCCCUUCAAUGAGAACUCCUCAAACCUAUGAGAAAACAUCGCUAACAAACCCCAAGUGGCGCGACUUCUCCCCCUUCCCCCACCCCUUCACAGUAGCCUCCCACUCCACCCCCCCGGCACAAUCCUCGGAAUAA